CCUAHAAACCCCACAUAAAUAUUUCAUUGCAAAAAUGUUGAAUUUUACCCUGAGCAAGCAGCAACAUGGUGUUGAAAAGAAUGUUAAUAUGAGACCGUUUCCAGCGUUGACGGUCAUAAAUUUUGAUCGCAUGAGAGAGACGGUUCGUGAUUGUAUAAAACGAUCACUACAGAGGACUUCUCUUCGAAGGGCCCCGGCUGCAUUGCGCGAGAGUGGAAACGAUGUGGACAACGAGAAGACAGAUGAGUCUCUUCGUUUGUGUGAAGGAAAACUGUGUAGCUCCAGUGUUCAAUGUAUAAAGAAAUCUACUGCAGUGAAGAUUUGUCAUCAUGAAGUAUGCCAAGACUAUAACCACGGCAUUCCACUGGCACUMUGCCUGAAAUGCGAUGAAGUCCACCAUUUAGGCGUCAACGCAAAACAUGCAAGAUUUGAGAUCAAUAAACCUCGAAUGAAACUGACAAGGAGCAACUCAACUCAUUCCAAUCAGUCUGAUCAUGACUCUGGCGCAGAAGAAGACAUCACCGACGGACCAGUCAAAGUGGAAAAGAAAACCAGAGGUUAUUCUACAGGAAAGAGAAUAUUCAAACUGACAGCAAAUACAAAACGGAAACCAAGGAGACAUAAUACAGAUGAUCCUGGUAGAGAUUUCUUUACUGUUAAGUUUCAUGGUGAAAAUGAUGACGACAUCAACAUAGAAAUAGUUCCUGCAUUAAAAGGGAAAUCCUUGAAGGAUUCAUUAGAACCUUUGUUCUCAGAGAGAGAUAUAAGUUUUCUAAGUCAUUCAGUAUUCCUUGAUGCUUCUAARACUCCAUUACCGCUUGCAUUUGAUACUUUCCCAAUGGGUGGAAACACACUACAUGUUAGAGCCAAUGGUGUUGUAAAGGUAGACCAAAGGGUCAUUGAAAUGGUGAAUAGCGUAGAAGACUGUAAACCCCAAGAUGAAUACAUCCAGAAACCAAGAAGCAAGUCUGUCAUGGAUAACUCCUCCCUUAGUCGUGCAAAAGGAAACAUGAAGAAGCUGGAACAAGAUGAAAGAGAUCGACAAACAGAUGAACUCCUGAAGAUGAGCCAAAGAGGUAAGAAGAACAUAAUGAGUUUCUUUGGUGAAGACAGUCCUAAUGCAACCUUCACAGGAUCCAAUCCAGCAAUCCAAUCAGGAACACAAUCUGGUACUGGAACUCUUCAUAGACCCAAAUCAACUAGUAAGCUCACAGGGCUGUUCAUAAACCAGCCCAAACCAUCAAAGCAAGAGAUUUCUAAUAGAGGAUCAACACUUAGAGAUUUCUUGGCAUUGUACACUGUGUAUGGACUUCCAGACCUUAACCAAGUAGACACAAGUAUUAAAGAUGAACCUCAUGAAGAGGAACUUAAACUGGAGGAGUCUUGGAUGGAUGUUGUGGACCAACAAUAUAUUGAUCAAAUGUCCAAAAAAGAGAAAGACCAACAAGAAGCAAUCUGGGAAUUAUUGACAACUGAAGUUGCUUACAUACAGAAACUUAGUAUUGUUAAAAAGUUAUUUAUCCUUUGCUUGAGAAAUCUAAAAAACGAAGGUUUCUUGCAAGAUACUGAAAUACCCAAGUUGUUUAGUAAUAUAGAAGAUAUUUAUGAGUUGAACUUGUCCUUUUGGUUGGAUUGUCUUAGUGAUGUAGUGAAACAGUCAAGGAAAACAGGAAAUCCAUUGGACCCUAUGGACAUGAGUGAAAGCUUCCCAAUGUUUGAUAAAAGAUUUGAGCCAUAUAUUACAUACUGUACAGAGGAAUCAUACUGUCUGAAAUACUUCAAAAGAAACUUUGCRGAAGAUGAAGACUUCAAGACCUAUAUCACUUGGUGUGAAGAACAUCGCCUGUGCACAAACAGACUKAAGCUAUCAGAUUAUCUUGUGAAACCAAUGCAACGAUUGACCAAAUACCCUUUAUUACUGAAAGCCAUACAGAAAAAGACUCUAUCAGAACAGCCAAAGAAAAGCGUUGAGGGAAUGAUUAGCACAGUAGAGUCACUGCUAAGCAAGGUCAAUGCAGCCAUGAGAGUUUUGUACGAGAAGAACAAACUGAUGUCAAUAUCGAAACGAAUAACAAACAACUACAACGUUGUAGAGGCUGUUAACGAUGAAAUGGAGCGACUGUUAACCAACUACAGCUCUUUUGAUUUGAUGGAGCUCAUGCCUGGCUUGGACCAGCAUCGUUGUGUUAUUAACGAAGGUCCUUUGAGGCUUGUAGAAAAACAGGGCAAGAUGGAUGUUCACGUCUUCCUCUUUACAGAUCUUCUCCUCUUGACAAAAGCAAAGAAGGGCGACAAAUAUAGAGUCUUGAAACCGCCACUAAAAGUGGACAAACUCUACGUACAUCCAUCCAAAGACCAAGGGAUGUUUCUGUUGAUUUAUGUUAACGAAUACAACACAGCAGUUCAAGCUUUUGCAUUACAAGGGACAACUACUGAAAAUGCUAAUUAUUGGAUGGAAGCUAUUCGAAAAGCACAGAAACUAUUAAUGGUGGCWCAACUCGGACAAGGUGGAGGUCACAUGGGACGAGUCGAGAGCGAUUCUAGUGAAGCUCUCAUUAGUCCGUCUGCUCACAUUUCAAAUGUUGCAUCAAAACGAAGACCCUCUACUGUGUCAAUUGAAUCUUUCGAUUCUGAUGAUGAAAUGGGUUUGAAUGAACCAUAUCAGGCUCCGAAUUUGGCAAGGUUUUCAUCGGAUCAAGCUCUUAAUAUUGGUGCAGAUAAUGAAGAUGAAAAGGACAUUGAUACUGCCAAGGAGGAAAAUAUCACAGUUUUACAGAAMGAGAAUUGUACUAACCAAGAAUCAUUCAGUGAUCUAUCAAGUGCCCAAGGACAAACACCAAUCGAUACAACUUCGGAAGAAAAUUUUCAAAAAAUACCUCCAGUCCAUCCGGAACUUCACCGUCUGCGCAGUGAAUCUUCAGCAAAAGUUUCGCGAUCUUCMUCAGCGCCYCAAAAAGAUCGGCCAAAAGUCGAGGCAGUGUCGUUGUCUCGAUCAUGUUCCGAACCAACUGAACCAAAGAGAUUUUUACGGAAAACUUCGAAGGGAGAAAUAAUUACCGAYGGACUUCCGCUAGCGAAGGAUUACCGAACKUCUCUUACAUCAUCUUCGUUUUCGGAGUCGGAAGUAAGCUCAACGCCUUCGCUUCAGAAUUCUUUAGAACUGAGUGCGUCUCUUUCUUUAGAUGACAAUGCAUUUGAUUCCGCGGCAUCUCCCAAACUAUCCGAAUCGUUUGCUAGUGCAGCUAGUGACUAUAAUGAUGUUUGRUCUCCGAUAUCGGACGUACCAUCGUCAUUUGAGGCAAAACUAGAUGAUUACCAUGACGARGAUGGGAACGCACACUCCGGUCGACCUGUUACGCGCUCAUCCUCUGCGCCAGUCCCCUUAAAGGAACUCAGGCCCCACUCUGUGAGUAGUGWCCCUGAUGCGGAUGAAGGACCUGGUGUUGAAGAUGAUAAAGCUGCUACAUAUCCUCGUCGUGGGAAUCGAAGUCGAGCAAGUCCAGGUCUCAAAGCRUUGCAAUCUUUGUCAGAAACUCUGGAAAUCUCUUUAAAACAGCAACCUUCAAAACAAACUCCUCAAAUUAAAUCUCCUUUGAUUGCACAACAGAAGUUACAGUCCGCCAUUAGCAGCGCGGCGACUUCUGAYCCACCCCGCAAAAAGACGUCAUUGCCGAGGCGAUCGUCACCGAUCUUGACCCGACGACCCGACAAUCUAAUGCGAUCAAAGUCGUAUUCGGGACUCGAUAAAGUCAACAUCACUUCACCUGAUAAAGUAAAAGCAUUUUUAACGCUUUCCGAUGGUAAUCCCACAGAAUCUAAAGACUCUGACGAUGAUUUAGACUCAAGCAGUUCAAUUAAAUCGCGAACACUUCCACGUAGUAACACCGAAUCGCGUGUUCCUUUAAAYCCAGAUAAACAYCACUAUAAAGAACUUGAAUACACAUCAAAACAAAAAAAUGAGAAACAGGUACUCGAAGUAUCGAGUAAAGGCUCGACUACGCCUCGUCUUCGUAAAAAAAGCAUGUCAUUAUCGGAUUUAUUGAGCAUCGGUCGAGAUCUCACGAGCGGCCGAAGUAAAAACAAUGACUCGAACAAUUCUUCGGAAGUAAGUCGGAAGGAUUCUCGGCACAAAUCGGACUCGACAGACGACCGAAGUGAACCCGUUCAGCGAAAGCAUUCAAGGUUCAGAUUAGGACGUAGUAAGAGUCGCAGUGAUCGGGAAAUGAAGGAUGGYAUUGCUUCAGGACCAAAUAUCGAUAAAAGGAAAGCAACAAAGCUGUUUUUGACGGAAUCCUUGAUGCUAGAAACUUCCCUAAAGUUAAACUAGAAGAACGAGCUUCGUGAUUGACAGAGAGUACGUGUAAUCGAUCGUCCAAUAUCUGAUGCACAAACAUAAAGACGCAAAUGGUCUGUAUUGCAGUGGUGCGAAUCAGCGGUUGCGGUGGAAAUUCUCCUUCUCAUGUGACGUCUUCCUGUCAGCCAUGUGGGAGAAUCCAUGAUUUUUAGUAUUACUGCGCAUGAUCAGUUAGUGGUUGGCUUAUUACCAAAUAUGGGUUAAUUAUUGAUAUUUAUUAGGCAUCAUUUUAAAUGAUACGUAUGUAGUGUGUUUYACUGGUUUAUUGAUGUCAUCAUGAGUAUCAUCAUCAUCAUCAUCAUUAUCAUCAUCAUAAUUCCUGAAGGACUCGAAUUGUUAAUGACAAUAUACAAGUGUUAGAGUUAACURACUAAAAUGAGUCCAUGUUGAAAAGCAAAAGUUUUGAUUCUAUAUACUGUAUAUUUUACUAUCUUUCUAAUGCAACAUAUGGCCACAAAGACGGGUUCCCUGUGUCGACGUGUACAUAUAAUUUGUUCAGCUCAUUUCUGUAUAUUCGCUCCCUUGUUUUCAUUGGUUGUUAAUAGAUCAUAGCUGUCUGCACAACUGUUUCUGAAGAAAACACAUAGAAUCUAGGCACAAAUUUUGUGAAAUCAAAUUUUAAUGGAUAAAUUACUAUAGUGAAUUAUUAUUUGUGUCUUCUUUUAGCGAAGCGCACUAGAAAGUGGUGCAAGGAAUUAUGGGUGAUUCACUCUGUAAAAGAAUCUCAAUUAAAUGAUAAUUCUUCUUAUUUCUAACAGCCCAUUCAGCAUUCCUUGCGCCACUAGCUAUUGUGCCACGCAUGUYAAAGACUUUUCCGAAAAGAGUURAGAUCUGUUCAGGGCAAAGUGGUCGGUGUUCUAGGUGUCCGUAUUAGCAAGGUUAUAGUGUGAUUAAGCGUGGUUUUAGAACAAUUGUAUUAUUUAUUAAAUAAUUUUAAAUAGCUAAGGUGAAGUUUGUUGUAAACGUUGUACUUCUAGGAAUGGGACUGAGUACUAUACACGGAACAUUGUUCAAAGUUGAAUGGGGAACGAGAUGUACAAAUUGUGUUAAAUUAAUGCUAAAAAAAAUGUCUAAAAAAGAUGUUUUUGCAUAAUAAUGUAUAAUCAAAUUCUUCACGAAAGUAUAUUAACGAGGUGUUUCGUUAAAUGAUCGAAGUUGAUUCGGAAAACCGAAUCUUCUUCGAAAMUAUCACGAAAUGUUUCGUUAAUUUUCCGGAGUUUAUAAGGGGCGAUCUUAGAAUUUUGAGGGACAGGGAAGAUAUUUUGUUUUACUUCAGUAACGCGCUUGUGUUUUUUGUUUUGUUUUGUUUUUUUGUAAAUUUACAAAAGCUUUAUAUUAGUGCAGAUUUUUUUAUUCAAAAUCUAACAACCCCUCCCACCCCCCAUCUAAUGGAUCGGCCCUCAGUAAAACUGAUAUAGCUAUUUCAAAAAAAAGUUGUCGGUUAAUCAAAGCACUGUAACCAUAGUCCUUUUCGGUCGUACAAUGUCCCUUCGACAAUAAUCGCUGUUCGUCGUUCUCCCCGACAACGUUUUUUGAAAUAGCUGUAUAUCCCCGAGUUUAUUUCGAGAUAUUUCGUUAACUGUUCGAUAUUGCAUGAUAGAUUUGUGUGUGAUAUUUGUAAAUAAGGAGGCAGCUCGUGUGUCAAUAGUUGUAUUUAUAUCGAUUUAAU